CUCUUUGCAUUAUAUUGUCAUAAUUUAGUGUACGUUUGGCUUAUUUGUAUUCUAUUUAUAAUUAUUAUUGAACUAAGUAUACCUCGAUUAUGAAUCGAAAUAAAUAAAUCAAAAUCAUUAUAAACAUGGAUGACACGGAAACUAAGACGCAACAAGAUGUUUCUAAGAAAAAUUCCUUUGACGAACUAUCUAAAGAGGAACUGAUUACAAAAUGUAAAAGCUUGCUGCUAAUUGCUCAAAAAGCAAGGCAUUCCAAGCAAGAGCUUCAAGGUGAAAUAGACCAAUAUAAAGUCAAACAAAAGGAAUACGAAAACUCAAAGAAACAAUAUGAUGAAAAAAUUCAUACUCUUGAAGAACUUGCUAAUUCUCUUACUGAGCAGAAACUUAACUACAUAACUGACCUUGAAACUGCCCAAAAUAAAUUGAGAAAUUUAAAUCAACAGUGUAUAAAUUAUGAGGAAGAAAUAAAAAAUCACAAAGCAGAAUUAGUGAUAAAAGAAAAGAAAUAUACAGACUCACUUAUCAAGUUGUCCGACCUGGACAGUGAAAAUAUAUCAUUUAAAAGACGAAAUACGAGACUUGUGGAGGAAAAUGAGCAAGUUCUUAACCAGCUGUCUGAAUUGGAAACAAGAAUAGAAGAGUUCAAUAAUAUUGGACUACAGCAAAGAGAACAAUUAAAGGUGUUAGAAGAAAAACUCCAGUCAGAAUCUGCAUUUGAAGCAAAAUUUAAAGAACUUAACGACAAAAUUGCUGACCUAGAAAGUAAACUUAAAUCAUCAGAAAAUACUGAUGAAGUUAAAAAUAAAACAGUUGAAUAUGAAAAUAAGAUAAAGGAGAUAACACAACUAUAUGAGAAUGAAAAAGUCAACCAAGAAAAAUCUAGCAUUAAGUUAAAAAGUUACAGAGAUAAAAUAUCUAAAUGUGCUGCUUGUAUAAAUCAACUUAAAAAUUCCAGAUUCAUACUAUCAAAAACAGUUAAAGAAUAUUCAGAAAACAUUCCUAAAUGGCAAAAUGACAUUAUCGCGGCUUCCGUCGUUUUAGAUGGCCAAGUUAAAAAGCUUAAUGAAGAAAAUAAUAGGUUAAAGGAUAAGUUAGCCGUAUUAGAGGAGCAAUUAAAACAACAGACGAGUGUAACAGACUGUGAUUCUACAGUAUCUACGUUAAAAGACGUUCACGCUCUAAGAAACCAAAUUAUCCAAUUACAAAAUCAAAAAGGUGAUUUAGAACAAAAUAACAAUGAACUAACAAAACAUUUACAAGCUCUUAAAGAUAAUAUCCAAGAUAUUGAUAACAUAAAACAGGAGCUGGAAAAUCUUGGAGAAAAAUAUGAAGCUUUAUUAAUUAGGAACACAGAAUUGGAAAAGACAGAGACCAAGAAUGCGGAACUCAUUGACCAGCUACAGAAAAAGAAUACAAAUAAUGAAGUUUUAAAAUUACAAAUAAGAGCUUUGGAAAGCGAAAAAUCUACACUAGUCAAAGAAAAACUUAAUGCCAGGGAUAUGUCUCUGGAAUUAGAAGGGAAAAAUAAUACCUUGACCAGUCAAGUUCAAAAAAUGCAAAAUGAUAUACAUAAUUUGAACUUAGAAAUUAAUGAAUUACUAAAAGAGAACGAAAUCUUACACGAACGCGCAAAAUCUGAAAAAGAUGGGCAAGUCAGUGUGUUAAAAUGUCAAGUGGCAGCUCUUCAAGAGCAGCAUGAUUUACUGAAAAAAGAGUAUGAAAAUAUGGUCGAUAUUAAUGGAUUAUUAAAGGAAGAAGUUGAAACUCUGAAAUUAUCUUUAGAACAGCCCAAGGAUGAGUCCGAUAAUAUGUCUGAAUUAAAUGUAUCAUUGCAAGCAGAUAUUGUAAAGUCAGAAACAAAAUUGUCAGCGUACAAACAGGAAAAUGCUUCACUUAUAGCCGAAGUUAAAGAAUCGCGUUCGAAACUAAAAGAGUUUGAUAGUCUAGUAGCUGAAAAUGAAGAUGCAAAAUUAAAACUUUCCAGUUAUAAAACGGAAAACGCAGAGUUACUAAACGAAAUGAAAGAAAUAAAUCAAGUACUUAAAGAACGUGGAGAGAGUAUAUCUAAAUUACAAAAAGCUAUUGGUGAAAUGGAGAGGUUAAUAGAUACAUUAGAAAAGGACAGGGAUAUCUCUAAUCAGGAAAAAGAAGAACUUCGUAAAACAAUAGGAGUGUUAGAACAUGAUUUAACUAAUGAAAAACAGAAAACUAGUGAAGAAAGUGACAUAAGCCAGAAGUUGUUAUCUGACAGAAAAACUGCAAUAAAGAGCUUGGCUGAAAAAGAAGCUGUAAUUUUGGCUUUAAGAGAAGAAAUAGAGAAAAUUAAACAACAGUCUUGUUCUGCUGCGGACAUAAGUAAUGAAGAUAUGUCUACUUCAACGAUAUCUAAAGCAGAAGAAUAUUCCCGUAUGCGAGAUUUAGAUGAAACUUUUGAGGAAAAGUACACGAAGCUACGAAUUUUUGCUUUGAAACUAAAAAAGAAGUUGAAUGAAACCAUGAUGCAGUUGCAAAGUGCAGAAAAAGAAAAAGAGAAACUUACUAAAUUACUUGAAGAGACUCCCAAAAUAAAGGUAGCCUCGAAUGACGAGGUCGAUCACGGGCACACGGACCAGACUCGGCAGGAACAAAGAAACCAGGCUCUUAUAUCGGAACUCGAGACAAAAGUGCAAAAUCUGACUCUCUCUCUCCAGUCUAUGGAAAGUUCUACGAGUGAAUUACAACUACUUAAAGGCGAACUUGCAAGUGUAAACCAGAGAUUAGAAGCUGAAAUAGAGGCACACAAGGCUACAAAGGAAAACCUGGAUAAGGCUCGUCGCGAUGUUAAGAAAAAAGAUGUUCUCAGCCUAGAAAUGGAAGAUUAUGAGAAAUCUAUGAAAGAUUUAACUUCAAAGAUGCAAGAAAACAAGAAAAAAAUUGUACAGAUGGAGUCUACAAUCGAUACGCAAGAAGGAACCAUCGCCUCAAUGAAAGUACAGAUUAAUUUGCUAGAAGAACAAAUAAAAGCUGAUGAAACACAGAACCGGUUGAUCCGAGAAGAGUUACAGAAUGCUCUUGACGAGUCAAAAGAAAAGGAUGUGGUCAUUAAAGCAAAAAAUAACAUCAUUUCAAAAUUAGAGCAAGAAGUCGAGGAAGAGAAGCGGAAAAAUGAAGAAUCAAACCUUGAGACUACCUCUUUACUAAGUGAUAAAGAAAAGAUAAUCACGAGUCUCGGCCAAGACAAGGCGGAAUUGAAUAACAAAAUGAAACGAAUUGAGUUCAAGUGUGCUGAACUAAAUGACCAAUUGAAUAUCACAAAAAUUGAGUUGGAAGACUUAAAGACUGAACAUGCUAGUUAUAAGGUUAGAGCUCAAGCUGUGCUGCGCCAAAAUCAGACGGUAGAUCACAGCCAGGAGGAGCGGCUGAAGGAAGAAGCCGCUGCGUUUAAGGCUCACAUCGAAACCCUUACGUCUAAACUGGCGACCGUCCAGUCGCAGUGUUCCGCGGCAGAAGAAGAGGCGACAGCGGCGCGGCGGCGCGCGGCGGAGUCUGCGGGGGAGCUGGCGCGAGCGCAGCAGCGGGCGACGAGACUGCACGCCGACCUCGCGCGCCUCACCCAGCAACUCGAAACCGAGCGCACGCACCACAAGCUACAAGUAUCAACACUCACACAAUGUUACAAGACGCAAAUGGCAGACAUGGAGGCGCGGCACCACGCGGAGUGUGACGAGCUGAGGAACCAGCUGAUGAUCGCACAGGAGACCGCGCCGCUGCCGCUACCCGACCUCGACAACCGCAACUAUGUGCCCGUCAUACCCAAGGACGACAGCGACUCGGAGAUGGACAUCAAUGUGUCCAUGAUACCGAGAGAAGAAGGAGAGGGAUCAGAGUCGGCGCCAUCGCCACCGCCAUCGAAGUACAAAGGCGAAGGGGCGAAAGGAGGCGCGCGUUCGCCGGUGCCGCUGGAGCGGCUACUGGAGGAGGGCGUGCCCGAGGACGAGGCCUCUGACGCCGCGGCCCUCGGCCUCACGCCCGACCAGGAGAUCCAGGACCUGCGCCGCAAGCUGCUUUCGCAGCAGCAGAGAAUGAAACACGUGACCGUCCUGCUGGCGGAGUCGGAGCGGGAGUGCGCGCGCAUGGCGCAGCUCAGCGAGCUGCUGAAGGGCGAGCUGCGGCGCGUGCGCGGCGCCGCCGGCAACUCCGCGCACAACGCCGAGUACAUGAAGAACGUCACGCUCAAGUUCCUGACGCUACCUCCGGGUGACGAGCGCAGUCGGCUGGUGCCCGUGCUGCAAAAGAUCCUGUCGCUGACUAAUGACGAGACGAGCAAGAUUCAGGCAGUUGCUAAAGGAAUGGAUCCAAAUCCAAAAGGCUGGGGAAGCUACCUGCCUUGGCCUGGGGGAAAAUAGCGUUGUAUUUUUGUAGCUUUGAUGAAAUUAGAAAUAAAAAUAAAAAGUUUAAACUAACAAAUUAUUGUUACAUUGAUUGUAGGUAUCGGUGAAAUUAAUUUCAAAAGUACAUAUGUAAUUUUGGCUGUUAAAAAUUGUAUGAUCGAGAAAUAAUUUACUCUUAAUUGAUUAUGCUAGCCGCCACGACGUGACUCGAUAAGAAUAAUGACUCUUACUAGGUAUAUGGAACAACGCGCUAAACACCACAUACGGAGGCUUAAGAGGUCAAACUAUAAAAACACAAACUUUUUCAUUCCGAUUGCUAUUUUUAUUUAAGAAAUGUUUCAAUUAAAAAUUGUAUUUUAUACAAUGUUUACGAGUACAUACGAGUAUAUCGUAACAUAUGAAUUUCUUAAAGUAUUAGUUGUUUUGUAUUACAUUCGUUUUUGGUUCAGGAAAUCAUAUUUGUGUGAAAGGGUACAUAACGUGACCGUUUGUAGAUUUUAUUUUGCUUUACCAGUUUGUAAUCACACUGCAUACUAUAAGAAAAGCAUCAACCAUAUCGCAAUUAAAAUAUAUAAUAGUCUACACAUAAAAAUUAAGAACUCCAAUAAUGUUAAGGAGUUCAAUACAAAUCUUAAGACAUAUUUAAUAAGUACCUAGACCAUUUUAUAACCUGGACGAACUUUUUUUUUUGUUUUGGACUCAUUAUUAUUAUUUGUAGAAUUUUCUGAUGUGUUGUAUUAAUCUGUAUAAUUAUUCAUUAUUAUUCUAAUCGAAAUGACCUCAUCAAUUUUAAUUAUGUUUUAUUUGUUUUACUAUCUAGAUUUUUGACAUGUUUUAGGAUUACUUUUUGUUCUGUUUAAAUGCGCUUGAAUUGAAAUUGAUUUGAUACUGUGUAUCCACUACUGCAUGGAUUCUUCCUUAUUUUACAAUAAAAAUAUUGAGUAUUGUAUUUAAUAGUUACUCUAUCAUUGUUAUAUAUUUUCUUUGCGAAAUGUAUCUCAAUAAACUAUACUUUGUGAGGAAUUUAUUAGUGUGUAGUGCAUUAAUGGACCCUUCGGAUUAAUAGCUAUUCAAACUUGUUUCAUUAUUAAAAUGAUCGGGGUCAUUAAACAGUGACAUCAUUUUCAAUGGCAAAAAUGAUAAUAAACAUUAAUUUGAAUAAUAAAUGCCAGCAAGUUUGGUUGGAACCGGAUGUCUGUCUUAUCUAAUAUAUUAUAUGUAACAAGUAUAUAUAUAGUGUCAGCCUGGUGAACGGUGAAUCUACUUAUUUUCAAUUGCAUAUUACUAGGUACAUUUAUAGUUUAUGUUCGCCUCGAACUUAAUGUCCCAGGCGUUGUUCUACGGGAAAUAAUAAUAAAUAACUUGCUCGUGCAUUUCAUAGUCAAGAUUUCAUGUCAUGUUCAAAGACAAAAAACUAUUACCACUAAAAAUGAACUUUAUUUUUAGUGGUAAUAGAUUGAUUAUAAUUUAGGUUUAUAUAAUUAUGCAUACUGAUUUAGGUUUAGAUACAAUAGCCAGUAUUUUCCUAAUGAAUUUAUAUUGUAUUGCAUUCGUUAUUAAGCAUUUUCAGUUCAGAACAUAAUAAAAAUAUGUUAGUCGUAAGUCGUAAUAGUGGUAGGUAAGGUCUUAACAUUUUAGAAACCCGAAACCCCAAGGAAAGAAAUUAAAUCUCUUUUUUCUCGGAGGGUCAAACUAUUAUGUAAAGAUAAAGAUAAUGAUAGUUUAUUAUACAAGUAGGCAUAUUAUAAUGCGGUAAUGAACGUCAAAUAAAGCUACGCCAAACCUUUGCCCCGAGAAAAAAAUGUUUCUGGCUCUUAUUUUCUUGCUUCUAUUAAUAUUCUCUUUACAUUAGAUUAAUCCUGGGGAUUUCGUAAGACAUAUUGUUCGUUCAAUAUAAUAACCCGGUUGGUUCACUUCACGGAAUCGGUCUCUUUGUUGAUUUUGCAUUUUGCGAUUUUUAAGUUGUUUCUUCACUUUAACUAGUGGGUUUGAUUAGAAGUAUUAGAACAAAUUAAACUAUUUUUAGAAAAUAUUUUAAUUUGUUUUUAUUUAGUGGGUUUGACUCAACGUUUGACUGUAGAAGAAGAAAAGGUGGAUAGAAGACGAAGAUGACGCGCAAUAGUAAUAUUAUAAUUUGUAUUUAUUCAAUUUGUAACGUGGUAAGGUUUUGUGUUACAUUUAGCACCAAAGUUGUUUCUUGAAACCACUGCAACACUCAAGUUUCCACUCUUUCAACUUUGUCUCACUCACUGUAGGUACAUCGUGGUUCUAUUUUGAAAUCUUUUAGUGGACGGCGUACGAGCCCAAUUCCAAAGAAAAACCGCAAAUCGUUGUACAGUUUAGCCAUUUGGCACACGCAUACUAGAGGUCAAAACAAAAAUUUUGACCCGCAGUUCUUAAAAAAAAUUCUUAGUAGGGGAGUGCCAAGUCACAAUUUUUUUUGUAUGAAAAAAAUGUUUUUUUUUUUUUUUUAUAAACCUAUCGCGUACAAAAAAAUGUGACUCGGUACUCCCCUCCCAAGGGAAAAUUUUUAAGAACUGCGGGUCAACAUUUUUGUUUUACCCCUAAUAUGCGUGUGCCAAACGGCUAAACUGUAUAGGUACAUCGAUUUGUGAUUUUUAGGGUUCCGUACCCAAAGGGUAAAAACGGGACCCUAUUACUAAGAUUCCGCAGUCCGUCCGUCUGUCUGUAUGUCCGUCUGUCACCAGGCUGUAUCUCAUGAACCGUGAUAGCUAGACAGUUGAAAUUUUCACAGAUGAUGUAUUUCGGUUGUCGUUAUAACAACAAAUACUAAAAACAGAAUAAAAUAUAUAUUUAAGUGGGGCUCCCAUACAACAAAUUUGAUUUUUUAACGUGUUUUUUCACUAUUUGGCUUGUUCUCAAUAUAAGCAAUAUAGGUAAACAACAACUUGAGCAAACGUGUGUAAUAUAUAAUAAAUACGGCAGUGCACCAGUGCAGUGUAUAUCUCGUGUUUGGGUAGGUGCUAAUAAAUAAUGAUAGAUACACAUACGGAUGAUAAUAAAAUGUAGUUAAAUUGUCACCGAGGCCUUAUGAUUGGCUGUUCCAAGCCUCCGCUCCGCGUCACAUGUAGCAUGUAGGAGGUCACGUCUCAGGCUCACCAACAAGGUGUC